UUCGGAAUCAAAAGUGACUCGAGAAAGCUGAAAGCCCAUCGAAAGGAAAAGAAAAAAAAACAAUGGCGUAAAAGAAGAGACUGACCAAAGGACACAGAGAGAGAGACAGAGGAGGUUCGGAGGAAGAAAAGGAUCAACGAUGGGUAAUACUAAGAUCACGAGGAAGAAGAAAGGAAGGCCAUCCAAGGCCGAUCCCGGCCGCCAAGGCGGCUUCCGACGGAGUUCGCCUGAUAUGACAUCGGAAAAUGAGUUGCGCCGCAGUCUCCGUCGUCGGAAUCCCACAUGUCACGACGAUUUCUACGAGGAUGACGAAGAGGAAGACGACGAGGAUGAGAGGAGAGAGAAGAAGCUGAAGUUAGUCUUGAAGCUUCCACAUAAAGCGGGGUUUGGUGAUGGUGUUGACUCCUCAACCACCCUGACUCGGACAGAAGACAACGUGGCCCACGCGUCUGCUGCUACUAGUGCUGCCGUGUCUGCUUCCUCCUCCGACUACGGAAAUGGGAAUAAGCCCUUCAAGAAGCGGAAGAUCGACGGUGACGAUGGCGUUUACGAUGAAGGCGAAGGUGAUGAUGCCGAUGCCGAUUGUGAUGAAGAUGAUGAUGCCCACUCCAUUGGAUCUGCUCAUCGGAAAAAGGUAUGCAAUAUUGCGACCACCAAUUCACUGCUGCAACACCUAACUGUUAAGUGGUAGCAGUAGUAGCGGCGGCGGCAUUAAUGGUAGAAGAGAAUCUACAGAGAGAGAUUGAGGUCUUGGUGUGGGUAGUGUGGUUGUCCCUCUCGUUCACAGUGUCCAGCUCAGCCGAUCUCUACAUCAUUCGGAUUGUUUUCAGAUUUUUCUAAUUAGACUUACUUCUAUUAUACUCACUCUGUCGACUGUGUCUGUCCUUGAUUUUAACGGUCGGGUCAACUGUCAACUAGUCCCCCACAGAAUCUGAUAACGCUCCACUUUCCUUU